ACGUGUUAACACUGUCUGUCGACUGCUCUGUGAGUAAGAGCUAUCGGCAAGUGGCUCAAAAACAAAAAAACAGAUGAAUACUCUAGUUCGUCUUCUACCUGAAUCGUGUUUGCAAGCGUUGACUGCGGCAUAUUUUCGCUUUUCUGCUUGGAGAGCCCUUGGUUCAAGAAGUCACAGCCAGCUCAAAACUUGUAUUGACUCAAAGAUGAAAGUCCAUAUCAUUCCAGCUUUGCAAGAUAACUACAUGUAUUUGUUGGUGGAUGAGAGCUCAAAUGAAGCUGCAAUUGUAGACCCAGUAAACCCUAGCAAAGUGGUUGAAAUUGUAAAUCAGGAAAAUGUGAAAUUGACCACUGUUCUUACUACUCAUCAUCAUUGGGAUCAUGCAGGUGGCAAUGAAGAAUUAGUAAAACUUGUUCCUGGGCUUGCAGUAUAUGGUGGAGAUAAUCGUAUUGGAGCGUUGAAUAAAAAAGUUUCUCAUGGAGAUAAACUUCAGGUUGGAAACCUAGAAAUUCAAUGUCUAUUCACACCAUGCCACACUUCUGGGCAUAUUUGUUACUACCUUCCCUCAAGCAGUGUCAAUGGACAAUCAGCAGUAUUCACUGGUGAUACUCUCUUUCAAGGAGGAUGUGGUAGGUUUUUCGAAGGAACGGCUGAUCAAAUGUAUCAUGCAUUGAUCAAUGUCCUUGGCGCUCUUCCUGAUGCUACUCGUGUUUACUGUGGUCAUGAAUACUCUUUGCAAAAUCUAGCUUUUGGACUUCAUGUAGAACCCAAUAAUGAAUUCAUUUCCAAACGUAUAUCUUGGGCCCGAGAGCAACGGGAAAAAUCGCAACCUACUGUUCCUUCUCUAUUGAGCGAAGAAAAGGAGUUCAAUCCAUUCAUGCGGGUUCACGAACCCUCUGUUCAAAGUCAUGCUAAACAAACCGAUCCUAUUGAGACGAUGAAAUCCUUGCGCGCUGAGAAAGACUCAUUCAAAGCCAAUGUAUGAAAAUGAUGCAUGUGCGACCGACAUUUUUGGUAUAAUGAUGUCCUUCAAUAUGUCACCAUUAUAUUCAUGUUUGAUAUUAACUGUACAUGUCAUCGGGUUAUUUUCCCUUUGAAGAGUUUUAUAGCUUUCGUCACACUUGAUCGCGGAAACGUAUGUUGAAAAUACAUAUCUACUGCGACGGAA